GUGGGGGCAUGGCAGCGCCACGCUCCUCCCCGAGCGCACGUUGCCGGAGGAGGGCGGCGAUUUCAAGUUCGGCCACCUUCAGCUGGUGGCUCACCCGCCUGUCUUCAGCAAAGCAGUCCCGCUGACCGAGAGGGACCAUGGCUAAUGAAGCCCAGGAGGCUGGUGGCAUCCAUUUCCCUUUUCCCUUCACACCCUAUUCCAUCCAGAAAGACUUCAUGGCAGCACUCUACCAGGUGUUGGAGGGCGGCAAGAUUGGGAUAUUUGAAAGUCCAACUGGCACUGGCAAAUCCUUAAGUCUUAUUUGUGGGGCCCUUUCUUGGCUCCGUGACUUUGAACAGAAGAAACGUCAAGAGGAGGCUCGUCUCCUUGCAGCUGAAACUGUUUCCUUAAGUGAUGGGAAGGACCUGUCCUCGUCCCUGUCAUCCUCCUGCCAGGAGGCCCCGGGGCCCCCAAGGCCUCCUGGAGAGCCUGACUGGGUGACUCAGUUUGUGCAGAAGAAAGAAGAAAGGGACCUGGUGGACCGGCUAAAGGAGGAGCAGGUCAGAAGGAAGAAACGGGAAGAACGCCUGCAGCAGAUCCGCCACAACACACAGCUCAGACAGGCAGCCAAACGAGCAAGACAGGAUGAAGAGGAAACCGAGCGCAUUCUCCGCCUCAGCAAGGCGAUGCUGGCAGCAGGAGCGGGGGCCGAGGUGCCAGAGCCGCUGACAUCCGGGGAGGAGGAGCUGAUCCUCGUGGAGUACGAGAGUGACGAGGAGAGAGGAGCAGCUCGCAGAGUGGAUGAGGAUGAGGAUGACCUGGAGGAAGAACAUGUAACUAAGAUCUAUUACUGUAGUCGGACACACUCCCAGCUGGCCCAGUUCGUGCAUGAGGUCCGGAAGAGCCCUUUCGGCAAGGACACCCGGCUUGUGUCCCUCGGCUCUCGGCAGAACCUGUGUGUAAACGAAGAUGUGAGGAUGCUGGGUUCUGUGCAGCUCAUCAGUGACCGCUGCCUGGAGAUGCAGAGAAGCAAACAUGAGAAGAAGAGCAAAGCUGAGGAAGAGAAGCCCAAGAAGAGAAAGCAGGAGUCCCAGGCUGCCUGCCCCUUCUACAACUGUGAGCAGCUGCAGCAGCUCCGGGAUGAGGUCCUGGCGGAGGUGAAGGACAUUGAGCAGCUGGUGGCCCUGGGGAAGGAGGCUCGGGCCUGUCCCUAUUACGGGAGCCGGUUUGCCAUCCCAGCAGCCCAGCUGGUGGUGCUGCCCUACCAGAUGUUGCUGCACGCGGCCACCCGGCAGGCCGCGGGGAUCCGGCUGCAGGGCCAGGUGGUGGUCAUCGACGAGGCGCACAACCUGAUUGACACCAUCAUGGGCAUCCACAGUGCCGAGGUCAGCGGCUCCCAGCUCUGCCAUGCCCACUCCCAGUUGCUCCAGUAUAUGGAACGAUACAGGAAACGUCUGAAGGCCAAGAACUUGAUGUACAUCAAACAGAUCCUGUAUCUGCUGGAGAAGUUUGUAGCCGUGCUAGGUGGGAACAUAAAGCAAAAUCCCAAUACCCAGAGCCUCUCGCAGACAGGGACAGAGCUGAAGACCAUCAACGACUUUCUCUUUCAGAGCCAGAUAGACAACAUCAACCUGUUCAAGGUGCAGCGCUACUGUGAGAAGAGCAUGGUCAGCAGGAAGCUCUUCGGCUUCACAGAAAGGUAUGGAGCAGUCCUCACCCCAUGCAGGGAGCAGCCCAAACUGGCUGGGUUCCAGCACUUCCUGCAGAGCCUACAGCCCAGGGUAGCUGAGGAGGCCCCUGUAGAGGAGGUGGAAGCCAGGGCACCACGGCCUGCUUCCCCACUGAUGCACAUCGAAGGCUUCCUUGCAGCUCUCACCACUGCCAACCGGGAUGGCAGGGUCAUCCUGAGCCGCCAAGGCAGCCUCAGCCAGAGCAGCCUCAAAUUCCUGCUCCUGAAUCCAGCUGUGCCCUUUGCCCAGGUGGUGAGGGAGUGCCGGGCAGUGGUCAUUGCAGGGGGUACCAUGCAGCCGGUAUCUGACUUUCGGGAGCAGCUGCUGGCAUGUGCUGGGGUGGAAGCUGAGCGAGUGGUGGAGUUUUCCUGUGGUCACGUGAUCCCUCCAGACAAUAUCUUACCCCUCAUCAUCUGCAGCGGGCCCUCCAACCAGCAGCUGGAAUUCACAUACCAGAAAAGAGAGCUGCCUCAGAUGAUGGAUGAGACGGGUCGCAUUCUCUGUAACCUGUGCAACGUGGUCCCUGGAGGAGUGGUCUGUUUCUUCCCCUCCUAUGAGUACCAACGCCAGGUCCAUGCCCACUGGGAUAAGAGUGGCCUGCUGGCCCGUCUGGCUGUCAGGAAAAAGAUAUUUAAGGAACCCAAGAGAGCCAACCAGGUGGAGCAGGUGCUGAUGGAGUAUUCCAGGUGCAUUAAGGUGAGAGGGGGGCCUGCAGCCCUGGGUCCAGAGAACAUGGGCUGGCAGCUGAAAAUAUUCUGGGCGGCAACCAAGCUUUGGCUCCACGACUUCAGGGCUGGGUAUUCCCUUCAGUGCUGUGGCCAGGCGGGAGGCAUGUUGACAGGGGCCCUGCUCUUCUCUGUGGUUGGAGGAAAGAUGAGUGAAGGCAUUAACUUCUCCGACAACCUUGGCCGGUGUGUGAUUAUGGUGGGCAUGCCCUACCCCAACAUCAAGUCUCCAGAGCUGCAGGAGAAGAUGGCCUACCUGGAUCAGACCCUUCCCAGAGCCCCAGGUCAGGCCCCCCGAGGGAAGGCUUUGGUGGAGAAUCUGUGUAUGAAGGCUGUCAACCAAUCUAUAGGCAGGGCCAUCAGGCACCAGAAGGAUUUUGCCAGCAUAGUGCUCCUGGACCAGCGGUAUGCCCGCCCACCGAUCCUGGCAAAGCUGCCAGCCUGGAUCCGAGACCGCGUGGAGGUCAAAGCCACUUUUGGCCCUGCCUUUGCUGCUGUGCGGAAGUUUCAUCGUGAGAUGUCUGGCCCUGCCUGACAGGGCCGCAACCCUGCCUGCUCGCCGGGAUCCUGCCUGACAAUGGGAAACCCAGAUAGAGAGCUCAAGCCCAGACCAGCCCCUUCUGGGACUAGCAGGCUGCCGGGACCCAGGCAUAGGCAGGCAAGCCACCGAGAGAAAACCAGCUGAUGGUGUGGAACCGCGGGGCCUGGCCAUCCCCUGGCGCAUGCCCGCAGUUCCCGCCCUGGGAUGGAGUCAUCUUCCCACUCGCAUGGCUGUCCCCGGGCUGCCCUCGGUGGGUGGCUUAGAAGCCGUGGCCCUGCGCCACAGUGGCUCUGCUUGGUUUCCCAGCACCACUUUUCUGUAGCCGGCAGCUGGAACCAGCCCACCCUGCCUCCCCCAUCUGCCUCCCUUUUCUGUUAAAAUUAGCUGUUGGAGACUUUUCUCCAUCUCCUCAAAUUAAAAAUGUUCCCCAUUUCUA